ACUGUAAUUACCGAAACUUUUUAGCAGUAAUUAUAACUACUUUAUAACAUGAUGUGAAUGUCUUCUGCAGUAAGAAAAAUGUUACUUAAAUGUUGUCAUCCUCGACCGUCGGAUCACUAAAACUAAAACACAUCGCCUUUGUGAUAAGUAUCCGUCAUUGAACUAAAAUUUUAGAUUUGACCUUUUCAAUCCUAUUUCCUUCCGUGGACUUUACAAAAAAACGGACCAGCCCCAUUCAGCAGACCAAGCAAGCGGCCUGAAUAAAUUAAUUCCCUUCCAGAUAUGUCUUCCAUUGGUGUAGUCGCCAACAAAGUUUCUCCAUUUCCGAGUCUAUUCAAAUAGCUUCAUUUGUGCAUAUCCCAAUGAAAAUUUCACUUCUUAUGUGAAGAGCCUCCAGGGAAACAUGUCUGGAAGGUGUGCUAUAUCACCAAUAUUGCCAACUGUCUUGUUUGCAGCCAUCAUCUUCCUUGUAUGUGGAGAUGGCAUCAUCUACAAGGUUUCGAUUCGAACAGUAUCGAGAGAUGAGAACAAAAUUUCGAACUCAACAAUUACGUGCGUAACACAAGUACAAAUUGAGUCAACUUUAGAAGAAGAGCCACUGCAGUCCUCUACAGAAUACAAAGAUGAUGACAAUAGUGAAACUCUCGAUUCCUUGGUAGUUCCAUCCGAUCUUUCAGAAAAAAAAGCAAGAAUUGAUUGGUUUAGGAAACACCUUCCCGACUUUCGAAUUUUGCAGUCAAACAACUUGACGCAGCAGUUUGAUAAUCGACUUCUGGAGUUUCUUAGCCACGAGUGCGAGACGCAAUUCUUCAUGACAUGGAUAUCUCCAGCAAGGUCUUUCAGAGGAAGAGAAUUACUGGCAGCAGAAAGUGUUUUUAAGUCUCACCCCCGUGGAUGCUUAACUAUUCUAUCAAGAACGCUGGAUUCAGAAAGAGGGUACAAGAUUCUUAAACCUCUACUUGAUCGUGCGUUUAAAAUUCUGGCAAUCACACCGGACUUGCCUUCUCUAUUCAAAAACACCCCUGUUGAGGCUUGGUUUGAUGAGAUGAAGAGAGGAAAAAAGGACCCAGGUCUGAUUCCAUUAGCUCAAAAUCUAUCCAACUUGAUGAGACUUGCAGUUUUAUACAAGUAUGGAGGUGUUUACAUAGAUACAGAUUUUAUUGUUUUGAAGUCUUUCAUGGGGUUGAAGAACUCUAUUGGCGCACAAAGUAUUGAUCCAAUAUCUAAGAGCUGGACAAUACUAAACAACGCUGUUCUUGUUUUUGAUAAGAACCAUCCUCUUCUAGAGAAAUUCAUGGAAAAUUUUGCAUCAAAUUUUGAUGGGAGCAGAUGGGGAUAUAAUGGACCUUUUCUGGUCUCCAGAGUAGUAGCAAAGGUAACAGGAGCCAAAGCUACACCUGGUUUCAAUGUCACGGUAUUACCACCAGUGGCGUUCUACCCAGUGGACUGGAAUAAGAUUGGUGAACUUUUUAAGAAGCCAGAAAACCAGGCUACUUCUAGUUGGGCCAAAGCAGUGCUUGCUCAGCUAAAUAACGAGGCUUAUGGAAUACACCUAUGGAACAAGCAUAGUAAGAGUUAUAUCAUGCAAAAAGGAAGCGUCAUAGAAAGAUUAGUCUCUGAUCAUUGCAUUAUUUGCAGCAACACUUAGAACUAUGAAAGCUCUACAAGAAUCAUUGUAAAGAUGUACGGAAAACGAGAAUCUAGUUUAUACACUAACACUGAAAACCUCCAGCAAGAAUGAAGUGGAACCAUUUUCCUCCCAAGAAUCAUAAUGGGAUCAUGACUUAAUCUUUUCUCCCAGAUGCGAAUUACCCCAAAUGAUUGUUUUCCCUUAACUAGGCGUUUAAGAGUUUGAAUCUUCUCCGUUGUAUUCGUUUACUAAUUUUCUACAUUAUCAUGAUUUGAAAGAACUAUUCUCUGAUUCUCUUCAACCCAAUCUCUCUCUUACUCCGUACAACAUUAAGAAAUUAGAAGAUAAAAAGUCAAUGAUACUCUAAUAGACAGGAAGUAUCAAAUUUGCAUUAUUAUAUCUGAAGUUUACAUGAGAGGCAGCAGUUAUUGCUUUCGGGCAAAAUUAACCAAUCUCCAAGCUCUAGGACUGUUAAAGCCACUUCACCUUCAUAAAGUUACCAAUGUCCUUUCCCCAAUUAAUCAGUUGCAGGAGCCCAAAAAUUAUUUGGAAACUAUAGAAUUAAUUGAAUAAAAUGUUCCGAUCAUGCGAGCAAAUGCAACAGGAACGAAUAAAAUCAUAUCAUAUCAAACUAAUUUAAAAGUUAAAAGAGUAAUAACG